UCAGAAUAUAUUAGAGAAUAAACUGCUAUAUAUAACAAAGGUUUUUUCUCUUUCUCUCUGUCCAUGGCUGCUAUGCAUGAUGAUGGUGAAGUGGGUUUUGAAGAAGGAAUGCUCUGGUUACCCUCUCAUGUUCUGGACGAGGCAUGCGGCACCAAGGAAUGUAUGAGAAACCGAUACCCAAAUGUCCAAAACCAUCACCAAAUGCGUCAACUUGAUCCUCAGAAAUCACCUGGAGAACCAAAAUGGCAGUAUACAAAAUCUACCUCAAGAUCUUUGUAUACAAGGCCAAAAGUUGCCAAUGGUGGACCAGGAAUGCGAGUUAUUUUCUUGGGAUCCACGCAAAGAUCCUGUGGCACUGGCGUAUUCUUACCACAAGGAGCAGGCACAAACUUCCAACCAAGCCAAAGGCCAGCUUGUGCUCCUGUCAUCCUUCCAGCACGAGUUGUUCAAGCUCUAAAUCUUAAUGUGCAUGCAUUAGGUGUGCAAGUUUCACCACAGCAAGUUCAGAGAUAUAACCCUUUAAUAUGCAGAGAGGCAUGCAACAAGAACUCACUAGAAAAGAGAAGUGAUCAGAAAGAUACGUCCAAGCAAUGUAGUUUUAUUUCUCAGAAACGAAGUUCUUCUCCAGAGAUAUUUCUCCCAAAGGAUUGGACUUAUUAGCUGACUUUUCAUUUGCAAAAAGAGCAGUUGAAUUUGAGAAGCAGACAAAUUGGAGCUAGCAAAAGAUUGUGCAUAUAAAUAAUAACAAAAUGCAUGAAAUCAUGCAUAAUGCAGAAAGUGGAAUGGUUUAAAACUUUAAUUUUUGUUGCUGGUUGCUCUGUUAGAUUUGUUGAUCAUGUGUUGAUUUGAAAUAAUAGCAUCCCAAGUCUCACGAGGGUGAUGUUUGUAAUUGCAUUCUUCAGUAUUAAUAUAAGUUUAAGUCGUAGCAUUAUAUUUAAUGGAUUAAUGGAUGUGAAUAGUAUUAAAAUGUUUAUAUUGAUUUCAGAAGUAUAUUUUGUUUCCUUUUUCACCCUUUUUUUAAGGGUAUCUGAUCUUCAACUUGAAAGAGUAAA